CGGCGGGGCGGGCCCGCGCCCUACCCUCACGCGGCUAUAAAGGGCGGCGGAGAGGCGCUGCGCCACCUCCUCACUGUGCGCCGGGCGGUUCGGAGGCAGCAGGAACAUCCCGAAGCGGCAAAGAUGGUGAAAGUUGGAGUCAAUGGAUUUGGCCGCAUCGGCCGCCUGGUCACCCGGGCUGCCGUCCUCUCUGGCAAAGUCCAAGUGGUGGCCAUCAACGAUCCCUUCAUUGAUCUGAACUACAUGGUUUACAUGUUCAAAUAUGACUCUACUCAUGGCCACUUCCGGGGCACUGUCAAGGCUGAGAAUGGGAAACUUGUGAUCAAUGGAAAUGCUAUCACCAUCUUCCAGGAGCGUGACCCCAGCAACAUCAAAUGGGCAGAUGCUGGUGCUGAGUAUGUUGUGGAGUCCACUGGUGUCUUCACCACCAUGGAGAAGGCUGGGGCUCACCUGAAGGGUGGUGCCAAGCGUGUGAUCAUCUCUGCUCCCUCUGCUGAUGCUCCCAUGUUCGUGAUGGGCGUCAACCAUGAGAAGUAUGACAAGUCUCUGAAAAUUGUCAGCAAUGCUUCCUGCACUACUAACUGCUUGGCGCCCUUGGCCAAGGUCAUCCAUGACAACUUCGGCAUCGUGGAGGGUCUCAUGACCACUGUCCACGCCAUCACAGCCACACAGAAGACAGUGGAUGGGCCCUCUGGGAAGCUCUGGAGGGAUGGCAGAGGUGCUGCUCAGAACAUUAUCCCAGCGUCUACUGGAGCUGCUAAGGCUGUGGGAAAAGUCAUUCCUGAGCUCAAUGGGAAACUUACUGGAAUGGCUUUCCGUGUGCCAACCCCUAAUGUCUCCGUUGUGGACCUGACCUGCCGUCUGGAAAAACCAGCCAAGUAUGAUGACAUCAAGAGGGUAGUGAAGGCUGCUGCUGAUGGGCCCCUGAAGGGCAUCCUGGCAUACACAGAGGACCAGGUUGUCUCCUGUGACUUCAAUGGUGACAGCCAUUCCUCCACCUUUGAUGCGGGUGCUGGCAUUGCACUGAACGACCAUUUUGUCAAGCUGGUUUCCUGGUAUGAUAAUGAAUAUGGAUACAGCAACCGUGUUGUGGACUUGAUGGUCCACAUGGCAUCCAAGGAGUAAGCUGAGCACACAGCCCCCCCUGCUGCCUAGGGAAGCAGGACUCUCCUUUGUUGGAGCCCCUGCCCUUGUUCACCACCGCUUAGCUCUGCAUCCUGCAGUGAGAGGCCAGUUCUGUUCCCUUGUCUCCCCCACUCCUCCAACUUCUCCCCGAGCCUGGGGGAGGUGGAGAGGCUGAUAGAAACUGAUCUGUUUGUGUACCACCUUACAUCAAUAAAAGUGAUCACCAUCUGAAAA